AGUACGUAACUCCACCCCCGACUUCCAUUUCUGAACUGAGGACACAGCACUCGCGAAGAGAAUCUUUUAGGUUAUGUAUAUUUCUUAAUGUAAAUAAACUGUAACGUUAGGCUCUCCGCUAAAACUUUGAUACACACACACACACACAACUGAAGUAGCUUUUGCAAUUGUAGUUGGAACCCGUUCGGACAGUGGCUAGAGUCGAAGCUGGCCUUUUAUUUCACGUUUUAACUUUCCUAAGCGGCGGUUUCCGCCGUUUUUUUUCUUUCGCCCCACUCACUCUCCCGCUGUGUGAGUUGGGGCCUGUAACGUUGGUUUAAGCCACGAGGCGCGUCGGAUAAACCGGAAUUGGGAGAUGGCGGAGUUCGGUAACGGAAUGGACUCAGGGAUGACGGAAGAAUCCCUGCUGGACUCAGACCCAGGGCACCCAGAACUAGAAGACCCGGGUGUUGGCGACGAGGAACCUGGAUUAGAGGAGGGAGAGGCCGCGAUCGAGGACCCGGAGCUGGAGGCGAUCAAAGCUCGGGUGCGAGAGAUGGAGGAGGAAGCAGAAAAGCUGAAGGAGUUACAGAACGAGGUGGAGAAACAGAUGAAUCUUAGCCCUCCACCAGCCGGUCCUGUCAUCAUGUCCAUCGAGGAGAAAAUGGAAGCUGACGCGAGAUCUAUCUAUGUUGGAAACGUUGAUUACGGCGCCACGGCGGAGGAGCUAGAAGCCCACUUCCACGGUUGCGGCUCCGUCAACAGAGUCACCAUCCUGUGUGACAAGUUCACAGGGCAUCCCAAAGGGUUUGCCUAUAUCGAGUUUUCAGACAAGGAGUCUGUGAGGACGGCCAUGGCAUUGGACGAGUCUCUGUUCAGAGGAAGGCAGAUUAAGGUGGGUGUGAAGAGAACAAACAGGCCAGGUAUCAGCACCACAGACCGCGGGUUUCCUCGGGCACGCUUCCGCUCACGAGGAGGGAACUUUAACCCAUCGCGCGCACGUUACUACAGUGGCUACACACCGCCCAGAGGCAGAGGACGGGCCUUCAGGUUUCAGGACCAGUGGAGGCUGACAACCCCUGCUCCGGUGGCCGCGGCGCCCCCCAAUGUCUCGGCAGGGUCUCUCUCUCUCACUGCUCCUGCUAUGCACACUCACCCCAUCCUUUCUGUGUGGGGGGGAGGGGGCCAGGGCGAUCACAGGGCUACCGCAGGGGGCAUUUACUACAACAAGCGUUGAGCUGUCUUACACACACACACACACUAGGCCCACACACUUUGCAGACACUACACAACCAGCCACCACACAUAUUUAUAGAGCGAGUUAAUGUCAAGAUGGCAGCAGCUGUUUUAGUUGGGAGAGUGAGAAAGAUGGGACCAGAGAAGGGGCGGUGGGGGACCAGAGAAGGGGCGGACGGGUGGGGGACCAGGGCCCUGGCCCCGUUUCGGACAGGGGCUAAAGUAAUUAAUUAAAAAGAGUGGAGCUUUUAUUUUAAGGGGGGUGGGUUUGUGUGGAGGGGUUUGGUUUUUGGAAACAGGAGUGGGUUUAAAAAAAAAAAAGUUUAGCUUUUUUAUUUUUAACCCAUAAGUCUGUAAUUAGAAAAAAAAUAAAGACU